AUGAUCCAGAUCCUCGGUCUUGUGCUGUUGUACACAGGAGCUGCUGCAGGACUGCUGUGCACUUUGGUUCCUGGAAAUCUGACACAGAUCGAUGCAGGCGCUGGUCAGGUCUAUGGUGUGAACUAUGAUGACAACAUCUUCCAAUGGGUGGGCACAUACUGGAAGCAGAUUCCUGGCAAGCUGAUCCAUGUGACGGUCGGUCCAGCCGGUGUCUGGGGAGUCGACAGAAUGAAUUAUAUCUUUAAAUUACAAGAUGACGACUGGUUGCCUGUAAAUGGUCAUCUGAAACAGAUAGAUGCAGGUGGGAAUAAAUUCCUGUCUGGAGCCAAUAAAUACGAUUGGGUUUACUGCCUGGACCAGGAUCAAACCGUUUCCACAUCGGACGUCUUCUCCUAUACCGAACUAGAUGGGAGUCUGAAGUAUUACAGCUGUGGCCCUUAUGGCUGCUGGGGUGUCAACCGCUACAAUGACAUAUAUUACCGCCAUGAUGUGAAGCCCACAGAAUGCUGGGGAAGUUACUGGCAGCAGAUAAGAGGCAGUUUAGUCAUGGUGGAGGUCGGCACAGAUGGCUCAGUGUAUGGUGUGAACCCACAGGGAACUGCAUUGAAAAGGAAGGGGAUCUCGGCUAUGAAUCCUACUGGAAUAUCUUGGAGUUGGUUGGAUAUGCCUGUCAGCUUACAACAUGUAUCUUAUGAUGAGGGAAACCUGUGGCUUCUCACCCAGAAUGGAGACAUCUUUAAAUGCAGAGCUAAUGGCUUCUGAGA